AUGGUGGAAGUUUCGAGCUCCAGCGGAGAUAAUCUGAAAAACCGCAGCCAUGCCAUCCAAAUGGUGUCCUCCAACUCGACACCUUCAACUUCUCAAGGUAAUUUCUGGUCAAAAUCUUCAAAGUUGUCUUUAUCUCAACGCUUGCAAAUAUCAGUUCAUUUGGACCAGAGAUAUGGUCUGACAAAUAGAAAAAAGUUUUGACUUUGAAGCAUGGGCGUUUCGGUUGCAACUCAAGUUUUCGCAAUCUUCUUUUUUUAAACUUUUCGUUUGUUUGCCAAUCCGUGUUUCGUUUCAUUUCACUCAUUGUUUUGCUAAAUGUAGUAAUUGUUCAUUUUUGUUCAGAAAAUUUUUAGAUCCAAAAGUUAGAUGAAGCCCGUGAUUUUUCAAUCAUGAAUUUCAUGGCAUACAACCUUUCUUCGAAUUUUAUUUGCUCUUCUCAGCGAAAAACGAACUCUGCUGUCAAGGGGCUUUCCUUCUGUAUGCUCUAGUUCGAGAAAAACGAAAACAUGGGCUGUUUUUACGGUAUUCAGAUUAGAAUGGGGGGAAUCUUCAAGGUUGAAAAACACUUGUCUUGUCCUGCCCUUCUACUUUUUUUAUUCGUAUUUUACUACUCUGUUUGGGCUGUAGUCAAACUCACCCAGUUUGCCCAUGCCUCGUCGUGACUAUAAAGGUAUCUUAACUAGAGCUGUUAAAUUUCUCUUGUUAUCAGUUACUCUAGAGUUUAGAGUAAACAAUUUUAACAAGGUCAAAAAUGUGUCUGAUGCGUAAAAAGUCUUCAAAGCUGGUCGUUCUCCGGAUUGAAGAUCUUCAAAUGAACUUUCAAAAAUCAAUUCCAGACUAUCGCGAGCACGGAGUCUACAUUCAAGACAAGAACGAGAAACUCAGCAUGCCGAAAGGAACUACCAAAUACGAAUUCGAUCAGUUAGUUACACUUUUCAUGUUCAAAAUCACCGAAAAGAAGGAUAGACUCAAAUCGAAAACCGUUUUCACCGCAAAGCCUUUCAGCUCCAUCACAUUUCAUAUCUCCAAAAAUCAUUAA